UUCAUGGGGCGUUCCCCCGUUCUCUGAGCUAAAUAUUCCACAAAUAGAUGUUGACGGUUCAGAAGGGUGUGCCUGCUUGUUGUGAUGCUCACAAAGGAGGUAACACGGGUUUGACGCUGUAGCACAGCAACACACCCAGAGCUGAGGUCACCUGAGCAGCAUAAAAGCAGAGCAGCUGCUCAGCAGCAGCAUCAAACCGGCAGAAGUCACCUGUGCAUCAAGAUGAAGCUGAUCUUCUCUCUGACUCUCAUCUAUGCGCUCUGCAGCUCAGCUGCUGCUCUUCAGUGUGACGCCUGUGCAGACGCAGCAUGUUCAACCACAUCUAGCAAGAAUUGCAGCUCAGGGACCUUGUGUGUAACCGCUUCCAUCACAGCCUCUUCACCUGGAGCUUCAGGAACACGGGUCUACAAGGACUGUGCUGCUCCUUCUCUUUGUCCCAUGGCUGGAGCGGCAACCUUUUCCGUCAACUUGGGUUAUUCCAGUGCCAUUGCAUCGGCUCAGUGCUGCAACUCGGACAACUGCAACUCCCAGACCCUGGCUUUUCCUACCCCUCCGUAUGCUAACGGCCUGACGUGUCCCGGCUGUGACCCGCCCACCUCUCAGUGCAGCUCUACAGUCCAGUGUUCAGGAGACCAGACCAGCUGCUUCCAAGCAACCUUGAAUAACGGCUCCACAUCAUAUCCAGCUCUGGGCUGCGUGUCUCCAAACACAUGUGCAGCUGCAACCGGCCUGGGGAGGCUGCCUUUCAUGGAGAACGUUGGUGACAUCACCCCUGGACCAGUUUGCAGCGCUGCAACCAGCAUAACCACAACUGUUCAACCAACGACUUCUACUACGAAAGCAACCACAAUUGCUGCUACGGCACCUGCAACUUCAUCAACCUCCACAAGUUCUGAAACCACAACAGUUGCAGCAUCAACCUCUACAACACCUGAAACCACAACAGUUGCAGCAUCAACCUCUACUGCACCAGGAACCACAACAGUUGCAGCAGAAACGUCCACAAGCUCUGAAACCUCAACAGUUGCACCAUCAACUUCCACAAGCUCUGAAACCACAACAGUUGCUGCAUCAACCUCCACAACACCAGAAACCACAACAGUUGCAGCAGAAACGUCCACAAGCUCUGAAACCUCAACAGUUGCACCAUCAACUUCCACAACACCAGAAACCAAAACAGUUGCAGCAUCAACCUCUACUACUCAAGAAACCACAACUGCUGCUACGGCACCUGCAACUUCGUCAACCUCCACAAAUUCUGAAACCACAACAGUUGCAGCAUCAACCUCUACAACACCUGAAACCACAACAGUUGCAGCAUCAACCUCUACUGCACCAGGAACCACAACAGUUGCAGCAGAAACGUCCACAAGCUCUGAAACCUCAACAGUUGCACCAUCAACUUCCACAAGCUCUGAAACCACAACAGUUGCUGCAUCAACCUCCACAACACCAGAAACCACAACAGUUGCAGCAGAAACGUCCACAAGCUCUGAAACCUCAACAGUUGCACCAUCAACUUCCACAACACCAGAAACCAAAACAGUUGCAGCAUCAACCUCUACUACUCAAAAAACCACAACUGCUGCUACGGCACCUGCAACUUCGUCAACCUCCACAAAUUCUGAAACCACAACAGUUGCAGCAUCAACCUCUACAACACCUGAAACCUCAACAGUUGCAGCAUCAACCUCUACUACACCAGAAACCACAACAAUUGCACCAUCAACCUCCACAACACCAGAAACCACAACAAUUGCACCAUCAACCUCCACAACACCAGAAACUGCAACAGUUGCACCAUCAACCUCUGCAAUUUCUGAAACCUCAACAGUUGCAGCAUCAACCUCUACUACACCAGGAACCACAACAGUUGCAGUAUCAACCUCAACAACACCAGAAACCUCAGUUGAACCAUCAACUUCCACAACACCAGAAACCACAACAGUUGCAGCAUCAACCUCCACAAGCUCUGAAACCACAACAGUUGCUGCAUCAACUUCCAAUACACCAGAAACCACAACAGUUGCAGCAGCAACGUCCACAAGCUCUGAAACCACAACAGUUGCCGCAUCAACCUCUACAACACCAGGAACCACAACAGUUGCAGCAGCAAUGUCCACAAGCACUGAAACCACAACAGUUGCAGUGUCAACCUCUACAACACCAGGAACCACAACAGUUGCUGCAUCAACAUCCACGACACCUGAAACCACAACAGUUGCAGCAUCAACCUCCACAAGCUCAGAAACAUCAACAGUUGCAGCAUUAACAUCCACGACACCUGAAACCACAACAGUUGCAGCAUCAACCUCCACAAGCUCAGAAACAUCAACAGUUGCAGCAUUAACAUCCACGACACCUGAAACCACAACAGUUGCAGCAUCAACCUCCACAAGCUCAGAAACAUCAACAGUUGCAGCAUUAACAUCCACGACACCUGAAACAACAACAGUUGCAGCAUCAACCUCCACAAGCUCUGAAACCACAACAGUUGCAGCAUCAACCUCCAACACGUUUGAAACCUCAACCGUUGCAGCAUCAACCUUCACAAUCCCAGAAGCCACAACAGUUGCAGCAUCAACCUCCAACACGUUUGAAACCUUUACAGUUGCGCCAUCAUCUUCCACAACACCAGAAACCACAACAGUUGCAGCAUCAACCUCCACAAGCUCUGAAACCACAAAAGUUGCCGCAUCAACCUCUACAACACCAGGAACCACAACAGUUGCAGCAUCAACCUCUACAACACCAGGAACCACAACAGCUGCAGUAUCAACCUCUACAACACCAGAAACCACAACAGUUGCAGCAUCAACCUCCACAAGCUCUGAAACCACAACAGUUGCAGCAUCAACCUCCACAAUACCAGAAACAUCAACAGUUGCAGCGUUAAGAUCCACGACACCUGAAACCACAACAGUUGCAGCAUCAACCUCCACAAGCUCUGAAACCACAACAGUUGCAGCAUCAACCUACACAAUACCAGAAACAUCAACAGUUGCAGCAUCAACCUCUACAACACCUGAAACCACAACAGUUGCAGCAUCAACAUCCACGACACCUGAAACAUCAACAGUUGCAGCAUCAACCUCUACAACACCUGAAACCACAACAGUUGCAGCAUCAACCUACACAAUACCAGAAACAUCAACAGUUGCAGCAUCAACCUCUACAACACCUGAAACCACAACAGUUGCAGCAUCAACAUCCACGACACCUGAAACAUCAACAGUUGCAGCAUCAACCUCUACAACACCUGAAACCACAACAGUUGCAGCAUCAACCUACACAAUACCAGAAACAUCAACAGUUGCAGCAUCAACCUCUACAACACCUGAAACCACAACAGUUGCAGCAUCAACAUCCACGACACCUGAAACAUCAACAGUUGCAGCAUCAACCUCUACAACACCUGAAACCACAACAGUUGCAGCAUCAACAUCCAAGACACCUGAAACAACAACAAUUGCAGCAUCAACAUCCACGACACCUGAAACAUCAACAGUUGCAGCAUCAACCUCUACAACACCUGAAACCACAACAGUUGCAGCAUCAACAUCUACUGCACCAGGAACCACAACAGUUGCAGCAUCAACCUCCACAACA